AUGAAAGUAAUCCUGAAAAAGAGGAACGGAAAAUUUAUAGACUGUUUUGACAUAAGUCCGUCAACGACAGUUGAUCAGUUUAAAGAAAUUUAUUAUAAAAAAUAUCAUUACUAUCCGGAAAGGCAAAAGUGGAACUUAGACAGCGCCGCAGGAAAAACUUUAAAAAGUGGAACUUUUAAUGAAAACGGAAUAAAAGACAGUGACAUACUAAUAUUUAAAGAUCUGGGAGUACAAAUAUCUUGGCGAUUAGUUUACGUGAUAGAAUAUCUUGGACCGAUUUUCAUUUUUCCUUUUUUUUAUUUUUGUGAUAAAUAUAUUUAUAGUCAUGCAAAUAAAAAUAAAAAUAUCAUUCAACUGUUAUCCUUAUGGUUUUUAUUAUUUCAUUUCUUAAAAAGAGAAUUCGAGUCUUUGUUUGUUCAUCGAUUUAGUAAUGCUACAAUGCCAAUAAGAAGGGUUCCCAUAAAUUGCGGGCAUUACUGGGUUUUGUGUGGCGUAAAUAUUGGAUAUUAUUUAUUUCAUCCCUUAUAUAAACCAUAUAAUCUUGAAUCAAAACCCGUUUUACUUUAUUCUCUUUUUUUUGUGUUAUUAAUAUUGGAAUUUCUGAAUUUAAAAUGCCACUUGAUAUUAAGAAAUUUAAGGCCAAGAGGUACCAAGAACAGGGGCAUACCUCAUGGAUAUGGCUUUAAUUACAUUUCAUGUGCAAAUUAUUUUUAUGAAUCGUUAAUAUGGAUUAUAUUUUCUCUCAUAAUAAAUACAUUAACUGGUUAUAUUUUCAGUGUAGUAGCUACUACGCAAAUGGCUAUUUGGGCCUUAAAGAAGCACAACAAUUAUAAAAAAGAGUUCCCAAAUUAUCCAAAAAAAGCCAUUUUCCCUUUUAUUUUGUGA